CCUUGCCUGCAUCCCUGCCCCUCCCAUCCCCCUCCAUAAUAAUUCCCAUCUUCUUUUCUUAUCGAAAUCAAGGCAGCCAGCCAGUCCACCAUCGCCUAAAAUAAGGUGCCCUGCCCUACCCUGCCCUGCCCUGCCCUGCCCGCCCAGCCAGGGCCGCCACUACAGUACAGGUACAGUAAAUUACUGUACUGUACAGGACUCAGACGUACACUGCAGCUGGCAGGGUGCCGGGCGGGCUGGCUCGCUGCUUCGCUCGACUCGUCGAGUGCGUGCCUGCUUACUUGCUUUCUAACCAAGUUUCUUCGCACUUCGAGGUACAGAGCAGAAGCAGAGUACGGCCUGGAGCGCUUUUGCAUAUCACACUCGUUUGAUCGAGAUCCAAUAGACCGCAGCUGAUCCAGAUUCAAAGCAGACAGACUAUGGCACCCUCGUUUUUGAAAGAUCUCCGGCGGCGCUCGAAGGCCAGCUUCAAGACGGACAGGUCAACGGAUGAAUCCGGCGCAUCGAGCAACGAAACCAAUGGCUCAACUCCCUCUUCCUCAACUUUGAACUCUACAGGUGGACCUGAAGGAACAACUCCCCCCCUCACCAAUUCCACCUCGGCGUCGAAUUUGCAGGGCUUGGGCAACAUGCAACCGCUCGCCUCGCGCCCAACGAUAUCAACAUCUUCUUCCAAGAGAUACAGUACGGCUGGAAGUGUUUCGGGGAUGUCUGGUUUAGGAUCGCCUGCACAGAACUCCUCUCUGCCAUUGUCACCGUACGCUCCAAAAAUAACCAAUGUGACCGAUGGCUCUUGGGUAUAUCAAAAAGUACUUACGGUUCAUGGCAUCAUUGCAGAUCCGUCAUUCCAAGCUUUGGAAGGAUGUGUUACAGUCCGGAGAGAUGAUGGCGGUUUCCCUGCAACAGAUUGGCCAGUCUGCGAAUCACACUUCAAAGCCCUUGUCUACUUACUUCCUGGACCGAACAGGUUGAUCUUCAACUUCACUUCACCAAAACUCGCUAACAACAAUCUGGGAAAUCCAAUACACUCAUCGCAACUCAUUUUACACAUGAUACCCCCGCUUGCGGCUCCACCACUACAGCUUGUUAUACUCAUGGCCAAAGACUCGCCUGGAAGAUUUGAUGCUGUCCCAGCGAGAAUUGAGAGAGAGGACAAUAAUCUUGAGACGGCGAUUAAGAAAUUUCGAAUGUCAGCAUAUCUCUGGCAAGCUUUCACGGCCGAGCAGAUGCACCGAAACAAGCUUGGCAGACGUGUUUUCCGUUUUGAGGAAGAAUGGACAAAUGGAACGGCAAGUUAUAGAGACAAGGCUGUUGGAACUAUGCGUUCGGAAGCUAAGAUCCAUGUUGUUCGAUGCUCGAAAACAGUGGCGGAGCUUCGUGACCUUGAUCUUGCGCAGCAAAACCCGAACGCCAAGCGUAGCGGGGAGCUGUUCAGCAUCGCUUUAGAAGCUGUCAAGGAUUACUUGAAGCCGUCACCUGGGCAAAAGCAUUAUGUAAGUGUGCUGCUCUUGGAUUCCCACUGGGAUAAAGUGCACAAUAUGAUCACAGGGCAUGCAGCUCUUGGAGGGGGUUCGGGGGAUAUUCAACUUGCGAUUUUUGGAUCCCAGGCACUCCAGAGCUAUCCCAGCCAUAUCGAGGAAGUCGUCCCUGCUUUCUCAGACUGCACCCCGACUGAUACCGAUUUUGUUGCCAAUGACUGCAACGAGUCUGGAAGCAGCUGGGAAGCGGCCAAUAUCAGUAUCGGCGCCCAUAUGCACGAAACGGGACAUCUCUUUGGCUGCCCUCAUCAAACAUCUGGCGUUAUGAUGCGUGACUAUGUCACUUUGAACAGGUCCUUCAUGACUCGGGAGUGUUAUUCGACGCGAACAAAGUCCAAAGGCGGAUUGGUCUUGGCAGAUAAGGAAUGCACCUGGCAUCGCUUGGACCUGCUACGCUUUCGCGCUCACCCAGCAUUCGCAAUUCCUUCAGACCCCGCCCGGCUCAGCGAUGAUUCUGUGCAAGCCUGGCCUGUAGAUAAUGGAAUCGUCAUGGUUACUGCUCUAUCGGGACUUGCUUACAUCGAGAUGUACUUGGAUGGAGAGGAAUUAUGCCGACAUUGGCAGGAGUUCAACGAGGGAACAAAUUCUGUGAUCCAGAGACAGAAGGAGUUAACAGAGCAAGAUUUGAGGGCUCGCUUACCCGAAGAUCGAAGAAAAGCCAAGUUGAAAUUGAGCAUCAAGUCCAUUGCAGGUGGUAGCCACGAGAUCGAGGAUUUCAGCUUAUUGGCAUCAAAGGCUUCGAGAGUGAAGCUUCCGAACGGACAGUUAGCUUUCAAAAGCACUAAACUAGGGCUAUCGCAAAUGAAUGGUUCCACUCCUGACCAAGUCAUAUUGCACAGUGCCGUACAGCAGUCAACCUUACUCACACAAAUCCGAUUUUACCAUGGCUUUGCGUUGGACGGCGUCGAAUUUUGCUAUGAGGAUUCUACUUCUCAGCUUUUUGGUAAGCGAGGGGGGUCAUGCAGCGAUUUCAAUCUGGAUACGCGCAAAGGCGAGUGUAUAACCGGGUUCUAUGUAAGAUCUGGGUUCUGGAUUGACGGUCUGGCUAUUAUUACGAGCUUGGGUAGGAAAUCACAAAUCUACGGAAACGCAAAUGGUGGAUCUGGACACACUCUGAUGCCACCUCGAGGCUACCACUUCAUCGGAAUGUAUGGGUCUUUUGCGGACUGGGUUGAUGGCUUUGGAAUUCUGAUUUCCCGCUGAUCAGAUUUGGUGUAACGAUUGGCUCUCGCAGCACGACUCUCAGCUUUAGGUUCAUUUUCAGGAUCAGAUCCGACGAUUUUAGGGAUCUGGACAGCUAGCAUGCAUGAAACGGCUGAUAGAUUGGGGCUCACGACAAUUGAAUGACUAUUGUAUAAUUUGAGGUUUGGCCGCACAAACGAGGGUAGUGCUCCAGACGUAGGGAUGUUAUGAUAUGCCGCGGAGGAUAAACUCAACGAUUUGUACAUAUGCGCACGGCGCAAGGCGCGAAAGGUACAUAGAGAUGGUCCAGUUCUCUUUUCCGGAGCAGUAGAUACCAGUCAGUCGUGUUAAUGUAG